AUGAACCUUAAAGUGCACGUAACUGCCGACGAUCAAAAACUUAUUAACAGGUUCGCUCGCCUUCAUCAGCAAUGGCGUGAAAAAUUGUUUGAGGCGAACAAAGAUUUGGAAAAUUCAAACGACGCAUCGGAUGAGUUAUUGCUUCUGGAUGAUUCGUCUGCAAUUCCAAUGAAGCUUGGUAGUAUUUUUAUACAUUAUGAUCAGGAUUCGGUAAAUAACGAACUUGAAUCAUUAAAAGAUAAAUUAAAAUCGAAGAUUAAUCAGUUAAGCAGAUCUGAAAUGGAAAUGCAAAAUGAGAUGAAUGCUUUGAAGUCAAUAUUAUAUGGUAAAUUUGGUAAUAGUAUUAAUUUAGAAACAGAUAAAGAUGAUUGA